UCAAAAACGCGUUUUGAAAGUUCAAACCACAUGUCACCGGUCCUAUUAUAUAAGCAUCUCUCUGUCUCUCUCCCUCUGAAGAAGAAGAAAAAAUCUCUGUGCAUUAGCUUGACGAAGGGCGAUCAGUCAUGACGGGAGGAGGAAGGGAGAUUCUGCACAAGAUGAAGGAAAAGACUUGCUGCGCUUUAGUGACACCGGUAACCCCAGAUGCAGGAAAAGGAAAAAGUAAAAUGCCCAAGCAUGUUACUCACGGCUUUCAUCUUGUUGAAGGAAAAUCCAAUCAUGCCAUGGAAGAUUGUUUAGUUUCUGAAUUCAGGAAAGUUGAUGAUAAUGAGUUGGGUUUAUUUGCUAUAUUUGAUGGCCAUAUGGGGCAUAAAGUCGCAAAUUUUUUGCAAGCGCACCUAUUUGACAAGAUCUUGAAAGAGCCUGACUUUUGGAAUGACAUUGAAAAAGCAAUAAGGCGAGCUUAUCAUAGUACUGAUGCUCAUAUUUUGGAGCAUUCGUUGUCUUUGGGAAAAGGAGGAUCAACUGCAGUAACAGCAAUACUGAUCAAUGGUCAAAAGCUUGUAGUUGCGAAUGUGGGAGAUUCUCGAGCUGUAAUAUGCAAGGAUGGGGUGGCAAAGCAAUUAUCAGUUGAUCAUGAGCCAAGCAAAGAGAAAAAAGUAAUUGAGAGCAAGGGUGGAUUCGUAUCAAACCUUACAGGUGAUGUCCCUCGAGUUGAUGGGCAGCUAGCAGUGGCAAGGGCAUUUGGCGACAAGAGCUUGAAGAGACAUCUAAGUUCAGAACCUGAUGUGGCAGUAGAGAUGAUCGAUGAUGACACAGAAUUUCUGAUUUUGGCAAGCGAUGGAUUAUGGAAGGUGAUGUCAAACCAAGAAGCUGUGAACUCUAUCAGAAGCAUGAAGGAUGCCAAGUUGGCUGCAAAGCAUUUGGCAGACGAGGCUCUUUCUAGGAAAAGCAGAGAUGACAUCUCUUGCAUAGUUGCAAGGUUUCAUUAAUUAUUCAUCUCUUUGCUUUCUCAAAAUUGAGCUUUUGAUUUGGACAACAGUGAGAAAAAUUGUAACUAGUUCAUAUCUGCUUUGUAUAAUUAGCCAAAGUAAUUACUUAUCUGUGCUACCAUGAUGCUUUUCUCUUCAUUCGACCAAAACCAAGGAUAAUCUAAUGAUCUGUUAUUAUGUAUUUGGAUAGAUACGUGUCGAUAAUGUAUUGCACAUGCCUUCGAAUAAAUGCGUUUGUGUUGAUCUUUA